AUGGGUAUAAAAUGGGUAUGCAAAGACAAGUGCACUACAGACGCAGAAGGGAAAAUGCUCCUGAAAGGAGGCACUGCAUUGGCAAAGGCAUCGUCAGCAAAAGUGUUUGCGAUGGUUCGUGAGGCGGUGGAGCUGCAGCGCAUGUCUGUGGACUCGCGGUUCCGAGGCAAGGGCAUCGCCAAGGCGCUGGGCCGCAAGGUGCUGGAGUUCGCCCUGGUGCACAACUACUCGGCGGUGGUGCUGGGCACGACGGCCGUCAAGGUGGCCGCCCACAAGCUCUACGAGUCGCUGGGCUUCAGACACAUGGGUGCAAGCGACCGCUACGUGCUGCCCGGCAUGACCCACUCGCUGCCUGAGCGCCUCUUCUUCCAGGUCCGCUACCACCGCUACCGCCUGCAGCUGCGCGAGGAGUGACCGCCCGCCUGCUGCCCGCCUGCCCGCUGCGCCCGGCCACCCGCCCGCCCUCCCACGCCUGCCCACCGCCUGCCUGCAGCCCACCUGCCCGCCUGCUGCGGCCGGCUUCCAGAUACUCACCUUAGCAUUUUAGGUUGGGUUUCUCCUUUUUCUGUGUCCCAUGGUUCUCUGGCCAUUUCUUGGGGUGCAGGGGGUGCCUUGUUUGUGGCGCUUUGGAGCGGGUGAGUUUGUCUUCAGGGGCCCUCCCACCACCACUGUCACAGCCUUCUGGGCCAUCCCCCCCAGGCCCCAGAGGGACCUGGAAGCCCACUGUGGCUGUCGUUCACCCUUCCUGGCCCCCACCGUCUGGGGCCACCUUGCUGCCUGGGCCUUGCCCAUUGAACACAGAACCCCUGCUACUGUGUGGGUGGCUGGGCCACUGGGUGUGGGGCCGGGCCAAGGGGUUGAGCUGGCCUGGCCGCUUUGCUCCGAGCAUGCUGAGGCUGUGGUCUGGCCACGGUGCGCCCGCAUGCCCGCAGCCCCUGCCCGCUGCCUGUCCGGAUCAGACCCCACCCCGAGACCCACCCGGCUGAGUGAGUGAGGGAGGGAUCGAGCGCAGGAGGAUGGGUCCUGCUGCCCCCGCCCUCAUUGGCCCCUGGCUACACCCCGUCCAUCACCCAUGGUCCCCUUUGCUUUGCUGUCCUGCCCCCCUCCUUUCCUCUGCUCCAACCCCUCCCUUGCUGAUUGGCAGCACGUUUGAGGUGUGGUUCCCAUAGCAACCAAGCACAGCUUGGUCUGGCCCCUCUGCAGAGUGGGCCUGGGCAGGGGGCGGUGGGGGGGAGGGGCCCUCCUCCCACCGCCCCAGCUCUCGCGUGGCCCCCUCAACCGUCCCCAGGACUGCCCUGUUUCCAGAUGGGCCGGUCUGUGCACCUGACAACCCCAGGCCACCCCAGGUCGCAGCUGCCGCCACCCAGCUGGCCCACAGCUUCCCCAGCCUGAACCCAACCCCGUUUUUAAUAAGUUAUUAGACAGAAUAGCAACA